GUCGUGUGCUUGUAAUAUUUUCUCGUGUAUUUGAAUGAAUUCUUGUAUUAAAUGUACUUUUUCUUCACGAAGCUUUUUCUUGAACCAUUCAAGAGUUUUGAGAGAACACGGAACCGUCUUCUUUAAGUUUGAGCGCGGCGAUGGCUCUCGAAGCGCUCGGCGCUGAUUUCGGCUCCACGCCCCCGGCCCAGUGCAAGGCCCAGUGCAAGGCCCAGUCCUAGGAUGGACGGCGUCCGCGCGCUGGACGUGCUGCAGCUGCUCCAGGAGCGCCUGGCGGUGCUGCCGGGAGGCCGCGACCGUCGCGGCGGCCCCGUGCUGUGCUUCCCCGCCGCGGCGCGCCGAGACCGCGCCAAGCCGGACGACUACCGGCGCCUGCUGCAGUACCUGCUUCAAAUACCCGGCAAUGAGACGCGGGAGCGCGGCUUCACCGCCGUGCUGGACAUGCGCGGCCAGGGCGGCCAGGCCACCUGGGCCGCCAUCAAGCCCAUCCUCAAGGUGCUGCAGGAGCACUUCGCGUCGCAGGUCCACACCGCCUGCAUCAUCAAGCCGGACAACUUCUGGCAGAAGCAGCGAACGUCUCUGGGCAGCCACAAGUACAAAUUUGAGACCAAUAUGAUGAGUGUCGAAGCAUUACCAAAGAUUAUAGAGACUUCACAACUUACGUCAGAUUUAGAUGGCACAUUACAUUAUGAUCAUGCUCAAUGGAUAGACAUGAGGCUGGCCCUGGAAGACUUUGUGUGGCAAGCCGCAGAUUUAUUAGAUCGUUUAGAUGAUCUACAAGAAGAUUUGAGCCGUAAUGAUUUUGCUGACGAUGUGAAUGGUGCAAAGCAUGGCAUUGAUGUUCAUAAUGAUAUGAAGAAGAAAAUUAUGAAAGCGCCCGUUGAAGAAAUAGAUAUGUUAGGUCAAAGAUUAUUACAAAGGUUAUCUGGUGAUUCAAAUAGUGGUUAUGACUCUGGGUAUUCAGGCCGUGACAGUGAAGCCAGCUCAGGCGUUUCAAAUCCAGAUUUGCAAGCAUCUGUACCUCAGGUCCUGCAGCAUCUGGAAGCCAUCCACUCACAGCAACAACAAUUGCUUCAGUUAUGGCAUCAUAAAAAACUUAAAUUAGAUCAGUGCUUUCAGCUGCGCUUAUUUGAACAAGAUUGUGAUAAGAUGCUGGACUGGAUAUGCCACAACCGUGAUAUAUUUCUGAUGAACUAUGUUGAAAUUGGACGCACAUAUAAAUUAGCUAAGCAACUUCAAGAAGAACAUAGUCACUUCACUAUGAGCUCAAUGAAUGUUUAUGUUAACAUCAACCACAUUUUGUCUGUGGCCUCUCGGCUUAUUGAAAGUAACCACUAUGCAUCCCAACAUGUAAGAGCUGUUGCUGCAAGAUUAGACCGAACAUGGAAAGAAUUUGCUGCAGGCCUGGAUGAAAGAACUUCUGUGCUGGGCCUCUCUGUUCUUUUUCAUCAUAAAGCAGAACAGUAUGUGGAGAAUGUUCCCAAUUGGAGCCAAGCUUGUGAAAACAUCAGUAUUCCAUCUGAAAUUAUGAUUCUUGAAGCUGCCAUUCAUCAACAUCAAAACCUUUAUGAGUCAAUGUGUCAAGCUUAUACAGAGGCUGACUUGUUGGUCCAGAAUCGGAUUUUUGCACAGGUCCACAGCACAAGCAAAAAGUUGUUAUAUCAGCUGGAUCAUCUUGUACAGAUCUGUAACCAGCCAGGAAUGGAUCCUCCUCGCAAACAUAAAACAAGAAGAAAAUCAUCAGGACGUGGAUCUCAGACGGGCAGUGGGGAAGGCCAGCAAGGCCAGCACUUCGAGGCCGGCACUGGCACCGCCCCCGCCCGCCAGGGCACCAACCCCGCGGCGGACUACUCGGAGGGCGCGAGCCACGUGCUGGACGUGAUCCACAGGAUCCUGAACCACCACCGCGCGCUCGAGCAGAAGUGGCACGUCAAGAAGAUCAAACUGCACCAGCGACUGGCCCUGCGGCUGUUCCAGGAGGACGUGAAGCAGGUGCUGGACUGGCUGGCCAACCACGGGGAGGUGUUCCUGCGGAAGAACAUCGGCAUCGGGCGUAAUCUGCAGAAAGCGCGCGUGUACCAGAAGAGUCACGAGCACUUCGAGAACGUGGCCCAGAACACGUACACCAACGCGGAGAAGCUGCUGACGGCGGCCGAGGAGCUGGCCCGGACGGGCGAGUGCAACGCCGGCGAGAUCUACGCCGUGGCCCGCGAGCUGGAGAGCCACGUGACGUCGUUCGCGGCCCGCGUCGACCAGCGGCGCCGCCGACUUGACCUGGCCGCCAAGUUCUACUCGCACCGCGACGAGCUGGCCAGCUGGGUCGAGGAGCUUCGGCAGGAGGUGCAGAAUGAGGAGGCCGUCGACUGCGUGGAAGGAGCGCAGCGUGCACUGGAAGAGUGCCAACGCCAGCGUGACCAUUCGCUGCACGAAUGCAACGCGGCUAUCGCGCACGGACAGGCUCUGCUGCAGGAACUGAGGAGUGUUGGUUUGCACAAUGCUGUCAUGGACACCACUGGAUCGGUAGGGGCGGUGGAAACCUCCCUGGAACGAUUGAAUAAGCAGCGGGAAGAACUGGAUCAGCUGUGGUCCACACGCAAGCUCAAACUGGACCUCUGCCUGAGGCUACGCAUUUUCGAAAGAGAUGCGUUAGAAGUCUCCUCGCAGCUGGAAAUAUGGGCCGAAGAGCUGCAGCACAUGGAGCUGAGCCAUGAGAUGGCUGCAGCGGAACAGCACCUGCAGCUGCACAACGACAGUGUGACUCACAUGCACAACACCGUUUUCCAGGUGAUGCAACAAGGUCAAGAACUAGGCCAGUCUUUGGAAUCAUCUGGAUUGACGUUGAUGGCAGAUAGUCAGUACAGUGCUGCCACUAGGGUGCAAGUUCUCCUUGAGUUUCUUCAUGAGCGUGAGAUUGAUGUGGACGAACUUGCCGAACUGAAGCGGGUCAAACUAGAACAGUGUGUUCAGCUGUGUCAGUUUAACAACGAUUCAAACCAAGUGAUAAGUUGGAUACGAAAUGGGGAGUCCAUGCUGAUGGCUAGCUUCAGCAUCCCCACAUGUCUGCAAGACGCAGAACAGCUGAAGAAAGAGCACGAACAGUUUCAAGUUGCCAUUGAGAAGACUCAUACCUCAGCUAUUCAGGUGAAACAGAGAGCCGAGUCAUUAGUCAAUAAUAACCAUUAUGAGCCACAAAGCAUAAGAGACAUGGCUGAGGAAGUGACACAGCGUUGGCAGCAGCUAGUGACCUGUGCCGAAGAGCGCCACAAACUUGUCACAGCUUCUUUAAAUUUCUACAAAACUGCAGAGCAGGUAUGCUCUGUCUUGGACAGUCUGGAGCGAGAAUACAGACGUGAUGAGGACUGGUGCGGUAUGGACAAGCUCAUGGCUGAGCAUGGCACGAGUGGAGGUCCAGGCUUCACUCUGCCCCCAGCAGUAGCAGACAGGAUAUCCCAGCUCAUCACCAAGCACCAAGAGCAGAAAGAAGCAUUCCUGAAAGCCUGUACUUUGGCCAGGCGCACUGCAGAAACGUUCCUAAAGUACUCUCAGCGUUCAUUGCAACUGUACAGUUUCCAGGGGGAGUCCACCCAACGUUCUGCUCAUGCUAGAGUUAAAACCAUUCUUGACAAGCUCUUAAAUCAAGAGAACAAAGUUUUAGAUAAUUGGACUCAUCGAAAGAAACGGUUAGAUCAGUGUCAGCAGUAUGUUUUAUUUGAGCGCUCUGCUCAGCAGGCACUAGACUGGAUACAAGACACUGGUGAGUUAUAUCUGUCUACUCACACAUCAGUGGGACACACAAGACAAGAGACUGAAAAAUUGCUCAGUGAACAUAAUGAGUUCAAAGGCACUGCCAAGGAAACAAGAGAUCGAGUAAAACUUCUCAUCCAACUUGCAGACAGCUUAGUUGAAAAAAGUCAUGCUCAUGCAGGAUCCAUUAAACAAUGGGUAGCUGCUGUUGACAAAACGUAUAAAGACUUCAGUGUUCGAAUGGACAAAUACCGCUCACAGCUUGAAAGUUCCUUAGGAAUUCAAGAUACCAAACAUGAUCUCUCUAUUGACCGGAAUUCAGAUCCACUUCUUGAAGCUAAAGUGAAAGAAGCAGCUGCAGCAAAGGAUCUGAAAGGCCUGAAUGAAGAGAAGAGACGAUCUGCUAGGAGAAAAGAGUUCAUUAUGGCUGAGUUAUUGCAAACAGAACGUACUUAUGUAAAAGACUUGGAAAUUUGUGCUAGAAUAUUCUUAGAUGAAAUGCGCAAUAGUGCCGCAGUCCCUCCAUCAAUACGGGGACGUGAAGAUGUAAUUUUUGGUAACAUAGAAGAAAUAUUAGCUUUUCAUAGAGACAUUUUUCUUCGUGAAUUAGAAAAGUAUGAAACAAUGCCUGAAGAUGUUGGGCAUUGUUUUGUAACCUGGGCUUCCAAAUUUGAUAUGUAUGUAAAAUAUUGUAAAAAUAAGCCAGAAUCAAAUAGCCUUCUUGUCCAACAUGGUGGGGCCUUUUUUGAGGACCUACAGAAACGUCAUAGAGUAGAACACCCAAUAUCAGCAUAUUUAAUUAAGCCAGUUCAACGAAUUACCAAGUACCAACUCCUCCUGAAAGAUCUUCAAUCCUGUUGCCAAGAAGGACAAGGAGAAAUUAAGGAUGGAUUAGAGGUGAUGCUCAAUGUACCAAAGAAAGCAAACGAUGCUAUGCAUCUUUCCCUGUUAGAAGGCUGUGAUAAAAAUCUAGACAGUUUAGGAGAAGUUAUCCUGCAAGACACCUUCCAGGUGUGGGAUCCAAAACAAAUUAUUCGCAAGGGCAGAGAACGUCAUAUUUUCCUUUUUGAAUUAUACCUGCUGUUCAGCAAAGAAGUUAAGGAUUCUAAUGGAAAGGCCAAAUAUAUUUACAAAAACAAAUUGAUGACCUCAGAACUGGGUGUGACAGAACACAUCGAAGGUGAUGAGUGCAAACUUGCCGUGUGGACUGGCCGAGCCCCAAUUUCAGACUACCGCAUUGUUCUUAAGGCAUCUAAUUUAGAGACAAAACAAAUGUGGGUUAAAAAGCUGCGAGAAGUGAUUCAGGAAACUUACUUCAGCUCUGCGCUGCCUCUCAGUCUGCCCAAGAGCCCAGCCAAGACGAAACCCCCUAGCUAUCGUUCAAGCAGGGAUAUGGAAGAUUCGACAUCUCUCGACGAGAGUGUUGAGAACCUGGACCGCAACUCGCUGGCCUCCUUCGGCUCGGGCAACACGACGGACUCGGACAAGGCCGCGCCGGGUGUGGAGAUGACGUGGGUCAUCGCGGACUUCACGGCGGCCUCGACCGCGGAGCUGACGGUGCACAAGGGCCAGCAGGUGGAGGUGCUGGACGCGCCCUCGGCCGAGCGCAGCGACUUCUGCCUGGUCCGCAUGCCCGCCGCGGGGUCCGGGGGGCCCGGCGCCGUGGACGCGGACGGCCCCGUGCCGCAGGGCCUGGUGCCGCUGUCCGUGCUCAAGCAGCCCCCGCAGGGACUCAAGACGGCCGGCGCGACCACCGCCACCUCGCCGUCGCGGCGCCUCACCACGCUGGCGCAGGACGACUCAGAACCCGGUAGUAGCGACACUGGAGGUGCCAAUUCGACUGCUGGCCUCGCGGCUAGUUCACCUGUCAACAAACGCAGAGGCUUCAGUGGGCGGAAAUGGUUACCACCUCCUCUAAGAAAACUAAGUGGAGGCAAAGUAGAAAAGGCGGACAAGGAUAAAAUUUCCGCUGCAUCGUCAUCAGCAACUUCAUCUUCAGCAUCUGAAAAACCAGCUCUCAAAAAGACAGGUUCUGAGAAGAGGUUUAAGGUACCGCCUGCAGAUUUGUCACCGAGGUCACCAGCACCAGCGGAUCACAAUGGAGAGGAGGCUGAAGAAGAAGUAGAAGUAGAAUUACCACCUCCAAUGAAACCAAUAUCUGAAACAAUCCUUGUUGGUGGAGCUGCCUCAUCUGAAGACAACCAUGGCAAAAGGUCAUCUAGCCUCUCUGUUAAGGCAUUGGAGGGAACCUCAGCUGAUCUGGCUGAAAUCGAACAAAUCGUCAAAGAAAGAAUGGAACAACACACCGAAAAUCAAGAGCGCAACAGCUUGAUGAACCGUGACUCCAAGUUGUCAAAUGAUAUGUCAGCGACUGGGUCUGGGUGUGAAGGAGAGGGUGAGGCAGAUGGUGGACCGACUGAAGAGAGUGCGGAUAGCGAAGGAACUGCUGGUGCAGGGAGUGGAAGUGGGGAGGAAGAUGCCAUGCACAAGAGGGAAUAUGUGAUCCAAGAACUAAUUGAAACUGAAAGAGACUAUGUGAGAGACCUGCAGCUAGUGACUGAGGGCUACAUGACGUUGAUGCGUGAUCCAGAUUGUGAAAUACCUAUGCCUGAAGAUCUACUAGGACGUAAAGACAAAAUGGUGUUUGGCAAUCUUGAGGCAAUUUAUGAGUGGCAUAGAGAUUUUUUUCUGAAGGCUUUAGAACGAUGUCAACUUCACCCUGAAGAAAUUGGCCCCCUCUUUAAAAGAUAUGAACGCAAGCUCCACAUGUAUGUUGUAUAUUGUCAAAAUAAACCUGUAUCUGAAUACAUAGUUUCAGAACAUGACACCUACUUUGAGGAAUUGAGGCAGAAAUUAGGGCAUAAAUUGACCUUAUGCGAUCUUCUUAUUAAGCCAGUUCAACGCAUUAUGAAAUAUCAACUGCUUUUAAGAGACAUUUACAAAUAUACUGAGAGAGCACAACUGACAAAUGAAUUAGAGUCACUUAGACAAGCAACCAGAGUGAUGCAGAUUGUGCCGAAGUCUGCAAACGACAUGAUGGAUGUUGGCAGACUUCAAGGAUUUGAUGGUAAAAUCACUGCACAAGGAAAGUUAUUGAUGCAUGGUCCUUUAAACUGCAUAGAAGGCAAAUCAGCCUUAAGUAAUUUAAAAUCAAAAGAACUACAAGUAUUUUUAUUUGAACAAACCAUGAUCUUCAGUGAGGCUGUCGGUAAAAAGACACAAUUUACCAAUCCGGUUUACAUACACAAGGCACAUAUACAGGUUAACAAGAUGGACCUGAAAGAAUCUGUUGAUGAUGGUGAUCCCUGCAAGUUUUCAGUUUGGUCGACAGAUCCAAAAAAGACCAGUCUAGCAUAUGUGUGCCAAGCUGCAUCUAAAGAAAGUCAUGAUGAGUGGGUUUCCACCAUUACAAACAUUUUUCAGACUCAGCGAGACUUCCUCAAAGCCAUCCAGUCACCCAUCGCUUACCAAAAAGAGCUCACCAAAGAGGUGCCGGAAUGGGGCUCAAGAUUCUCUAAAAGCAUCAGUGACCCAGGGAAUAGCGACCACCUGUCUGAUGAUGACUGUCCGGUUAUCGUGGAAAUGCCAAACUUUUCUUUAACUCAAGAUAGGUUACUUGAUAUUAGUAAAGAUUGCAUUUCCGAUAAACCUAGGACCCCAAGCCCCUCCAAAGUGAAACUCCCAUUCUUUGAAGGGUUUCGUAACACAUUUCGUGCAAGAGCUAGGAGUGAGGAUGUGGACUGCAGUAAUGGAGACUUAAUGCAAGCUCUUAAUGUCAGUCGCAGGUGGUCAGAGACACAAACAAAUCAUGUGGAGGCAGUGGACAACACUAUUGCUUGUGUAGUAUCAGACUGGCAAGCUUCGGAAGCUGGACAGCUCUCCCUGCGUCGUGGAGAGAGAGUGAAAAUUUUGAAGCAAUCAAAGGCUAAUGGAGUUUUAGUCCAGAAGCUGAGAAAUUCACAAGCAGCAGAGUUUCAUUCAACAGAAGAAGGAUGGGUACCCGCUCAUGCACUUGCUUUCUCCAGCACAGCGUCCAUUUUAAAUGGGACCUCAAAGAAGCCAUGGUCUUUCAAAUUUCGAAAGCCUAGUUUUAAUUCUGGCACUGCUGGAAUAUUGAAAAAGCGAGUUGCUGGUCAAGUAGUUGCUGAUCAAGCAGGCCUUGAAAAAGUUAAUGGAAAUAGCUCUGAGUCAAAAUUGGAAAUUGUGAACAAAUUGGCAGACACUACAGUACCAAUUGGGGUUACUGCGCAGUUGAAGUGUCAGCUGCAUGUUCCCAGUUUUAUGGAUGUACAAGAUGCUAAUAUUAUUUGGAAAAGAAGCAUAGGUAAAGACAGCGGAUUUAGCAGCUGCUUGGUUGAGGGAAGAAGAUAUUCCAUGGACUUCAGUGAGGAGGGUGUUGCAUCCUUAACAAUUAGUGAUUGUCAAUCAUCUGAUGCUGGCAUUUAUUCCUGUACUAUCAAUGCAACUAACCCAACUAGUCUGUCUGUUACAACUUCUGCAUAUCUGUCAGUCACAGUCAUGCCUGUAGGAAAACCAAGAGCUCAGGCUUUGUCACCUACAAGUGCUUUAGUUGUGUGGGAUGGAGACCCUGAAGCUCACUACACGCUUCACUAUCACAAAUGUGACCCAGAAUUUUCAACCUGGUCCGAUGAGUCUUCUGUUAACACACUCUCAGUUCUUGGCCUGUCCCACUGUGUAGAUGGGCUCUCCCCUGGAUGUUCUUAUGUAUUCAGAGUGUCUAACAGUGUACCCUCAGCUCCUCUUGCACUACCAUUACCAGCUAUUUCAAAUGGAUACAACUCAUCAAGGUGGCAGCAAGAACUAUUUGGAAGACGUUACCUGGAAUGUGAGGUGCUAGGGAGAGGAAGGUUCUCUAUUGUGAGGAAGGCACAAGAUCGUGGAACAGGUCAACUUGUGGCAGCAAAGCAAGUGAAUAAAGUCCGACAGGGCACUGACGUCACACAUGCUGAAUACUCAACUCUACUUGGCUUACAGCAUCAAAGUAUUGUUAGAGCCUUUGCUCUUUUUGAAUCGUCUCCCCUUCCAGAAGUGGACACUAUCAUUAUGGAAUUGGUUUCUGGCCCCAUGCUUCUCACCUUCAUUUGUCAGCAAGACACAGUAUCAGAAAAUGAAGUCCGCAAGUACAUGAAACAGCUAUUCACUGCUCUAGAUUAUCUUCACAACAAAGCAGUUGUUCAUUUAGACAUUAGGCCAGAAAACAUUCUUGUUGAUUUGGCUGGUUCUGGUCCACUUGUUAAAUUGAUUGAUCUAGGUGGACAUGUCCACCACCAGUACUUACAAGAGAUACCUCCACCUGCAAGCUUAGAAUUUGCUGCCCCAGAGUGUGUUCUUGGACAACCUUCAGGUCCUUCCAGUGAUCUGUGGGGUGCAUCUGUGUAUUUGUAUAUCUUGCUCAGUGGCCUUUCACCUUUUCUUGAUGAAAGCGUAGAAGAAACAACAGCUAAUGUUUUGAAGUGUGAUUAUUCCUUUCCUGAUGAGUUUUUUGGAUUGAUAUCUUCUGAGGCAAAAUCUUUAAUAAGCAAUAUUUUGAUUGCUCAACCGAAUCACAGAAUGUCUGCUCAUGAUGCUCUUGAUAGCUUUUGGUUCCAACUGGAUGAUCUUCCAUGCAAGAUUCCAACUUCCCGUUUGGUAUUAUUUGUUAGCAGAAUACAACCACCAUCUCAACCUUUAUCUGUGUGAAUUUUCUGUUACAUCUGUUAACCAUCUAAAUCUGAUGUUUAGAAUGUGCUAUGAGUGGUUUAAAAUUAUAUUUAAAUGUUGUGAUACUCUUUUCUAGUGUGAUGCUUAAUAACAUGUAUCUGAUCAGUGAAAGGUCUAUCAAGUUAGUUACAUAAGUUUGUGAUUUAGUUUAUGACAAUUUUCUAGCAAUUUGUGUUAAUGACAUUUUUAAAUUAUCUAUUGUCAUUGUUUGUCUGUGAUCAAUGUGUGGUUAUCAUGUCUUUCAGCAGGCUGUUAGAGUCUGACAAAUAAAUUUAUUUUAAUUGAAAAAAUUGUCAUGUUUCGUUUAAUACAAAAUCCAAACGCUCACAUCCUGCAGCAAA